AUGACUGGCCCAGUGAAAAAAGGGACACAAGAAAAACAACCCUAUUAGAAUUCCAUCAUAAUAUGUUGUUGGAGUUUGAGCCUUCCUUCUAGGAGGGCCGUGAGCGCUAUGUUACGGUUUCGUGAAGUCUGUAAACCUUUCCUCAAACCCCUCACGGUUUUCAAAAUGGUGAACUUUCGUGAGACACUCGAAUAGUCUCUUGUAACCCGUCUCGACUCGUGUAAUCUAGAGGUUAGAGGCAUUUACAUUUUGCAUUUGGAAAUAAUUUAUUUUUUACAAAAGAUGAUAAUGAUUCAUCCUAAAAGUUUUAUCUUUUUUUCCCAUAAAAAAGAGGUCAUAAAGGAAGGAUACACGCGGAUCAUAGAUAUUUUUACGUAUUGAAAUAAUUUUCCUCCUCAUAAAAUUUUCUUCAACGUCACAGAACUAAAAGAAGGGGUAGGACUUGAAGGCAAAUUAUAUUAUGAUGAGAUGCACAAAUUGUGAACGUCACAGUCUCCUUAGCAUAUUGAAGAAACAACUGCUGAUCUGUCACCUGCUAAGUGCACUUGAAAAUCCGAAUAGCGAAGGCAGGUUUCCAGCCUUUUCAUUCCCUUAGGCCAGUCUAGGCUUUUCUUCCUUGCUUCUUUUUUUUUUCAAAGAUGUUUUUGAACAUACAGCCUUUGUGGCAACAAAGGCUGUAUGCUGAAUGCAUCAUUUUUAUUCCUCAGACCCCCAGCCCGUUCAAAGUGUGAGAGAUCCAAAGAACCAAAGCACUAUUAACGAUUUUACGGUAAAUUUUACCUACACCGCCAAAGAUCGUCUCAAGCCAAACAUCUCAUGCGUGAGGGACAAUGAUCCGUAUUAUGGACAAUCCAAUCAAAGGGCCAAGGAUCGGUGGAACCUAAGUAUCGUUAUCGGCUCUGAUUUAAUUUUGAAUUGUAUUACUACUGGUCAUCCCCCUGGUCACCCUCAGUCCGAUAUAAGGUGGACGAAGCACAACGUUUCAUAUGAUGUCCAAUCCAGGUUAAGGGCUAAGAUCACCCGAGUUCGACGAGACCAAACCAUUCACCACCAACUGUUUAUAGCAAAAGUGAAGAAGGAAGAUGGGGGCAAAUAUCAGUGCGUUGCAAGUAAUAUAGCUGGAGAAAAGGCAUCCAUCGAGGUCAACUUACAUGUGAAUGAUUUAGGUAAUUAAAUGAUGGAUUUAGGUUUUAGGUGGCACAGAGGUCACCAUCUUAAAAGUUUUAACCAAACAUGCAUGACUAAAAAGAAUAGAGUAAUUACAGAAACAAUAGGUGCAAUCGUGACAGCCAUUGUUGAUUCAAAGUAGCUUCAUUUCAGUAUUAGGCACUACCAGAGUCUGGCUUAAUCAUCUUCAUUGUGUAUGAGGGCCUCAGUAAACUUCCUUCAUAGACGCGCGUACAUUUGUCCUUGAAAAAACCUAACGACUCGCCAUCAGGGUCCUUUAGCCAGGCAUGGGAAGUAUUUCGAGAUAAGACGUUCAACUCGGUGAUUUAAAAAGAGCUACAAGGAAAACGUUCAACAAUUUGAAACCCGCACAAAAAUCGUAGUUUUGCUCCUUAAAUGAGUUAUUCCUCUUCGUUCUCCUUAGUAUUCACGUCGUGGUUUACUGUGGUCCCUGUCCUAAAAAAAAAAAAAAGGAAAUUCCUGUACUUUGGAAGGAAGGAGAGUUAUUUUAAAAGAAACCGUUUCCUUGAUUUUCAUUUACCUGAAGCGACUUUUAAACUCCCUCAAAAGAAUAUUUUUUAGAAUACAUAACUAUGUGAACAAAGAUUUUUAUCCUUUUUCAGAUCCUAGAUCUGAUUCACGUACGCUGACCAAAAGGACUGGCUUGCCAAUUUUACAGCUGACUGUGAUCGCUUUCGUAGUAUCUGCAUUUGUAUUUGCAAUUGGAGCAUUUUUAUUGGAUCGACGUCUUGUGAAGGUACCGGUAUUUUUAAAAGCUCUUUUCACUGUAUAUGAAGAUGGCUCGUCAAGAACAAAUUUGACGCUCGAACCCGUGAAAAUCUAUUAGCUUGAAACAAAAUUAAAAAAAAUGGUGACGCAUGAUAACAAAAAACAAUUUUUUUCGCUUUAUAUAUCAUAUGCUUUGUAUCUCUUUUAAAUUCUACCGAUAGUUUCGAUGAGUUUUAUUUAUUUGUCUACUUCUUUCGUUACUUUUUGCCUCUCACAGAUUAGCAAGGCGAUAUCCAUGAGUCUCCUCCGAAAGCCAGAGAGGCGUGGAGUUACUGCCUUUACAUCUUACAGAGUAGCUUGACUCUGACAACCGACCGAAUAAGAGCAAUCGUCACUCUUUCUUCACCAACCUGCAGAGUAACCAAGCUAAUAAUUUGUUUCAACGGACAGAGUGUUGUGAUUAGAAUCAAAUUAGAGCGAACAACGGACAGAGUAACCACGCUAAUUAAUUUAACAACGGACAGAGUAUUGUGA